AUGCCUCUCACAAGCACCCGCCGCACCCACCACACUACCGCUCCCCGCACCACGCGGACUACCCGCACAAAGCCCAGCCUCAAGACGAGGCUCAUGGGAGCCCCUCGCACCGGCACUCGCACCAGCGCUCGUCGCGCUCCGGCCACGACCACGACUACCACGACGACAAAGACCACUCGCACCACUCACGGUGCUGGCCACCACGGGGCAACCACCACCCACCACCACAAGCGCCACGCCACCAUGGGUGACAAGGUCUCUGGUGCCCUGAUGAAGCUCCGCGGUUCUUUGACGCGCCGUCCCGGCCUCAAGGCUGCUGGCACUCGCCGUAUGCACGGUACCGACGGCCGCAACGCCCGUCGUGUCUACUAG